UAAGUUUCAGACAAAGAUAAACGACCCUAUUUUAUUCCUUGUCUCAGUCAUUCUUCAUUACGAUUAUUCAUUGUCACAAAAGUGUUAUUUACCAUUUCUAAACAGUAAUUUUUUCCUAGUUAUUCUUUGUUUCCAGAUUGAGGAUAAGACUGUUUUGUACUCUUACGGUAAACGUUCAACUUUUACGUAUAUAAUAUGGCUGGACACAAAUACAUUAACCCUAAUAAUUUAUUCGAGGACGAUGUUGACGACGAAACUUUCGUUAAUAGCUAUUCAAGAAAUAGAAUACCUCCUCCCCAACCCAAGCCAACAACACCCUACGGCAGUCACAUAGCAGAAUUAGAACGACAACGACAAGCUAUGAUACAGCGUCAACAGGAAAUAGAACAACGUACUCUCGAUUCAUCCUCCCGAAGUAUUGGCCUACUACGUGAAUCAGAACAAAUUGGAAUUGCAACAGCUGAAGAAUUAACACGACAACGCGAACAAUUGCAGAACACCAAUAGAAAACUUGACAAAAUCAAUGCUGACUUGAAUGACAGUCAAAGACAUCUCAAUGGUAUAAAAUCAGUUUUCUAUGGACUCAAAAACUAUAUCUCUGGGAAGACUGAUAAAACCCCUCCACGAAGUCAAAUGUCGCCAGAUUCAAGCAGCGUCCAGGGUGGCCCUAGUGGCAGUCAUCUAACUGACACUGUUGACAAACUUCAACCAGUUGGUGAUACUCGCUUUGACACACAUCCAUCAGUACGGUUACGAGGUUUGGACCAGCAAAGUGAUCAACCAGUUCCAAAUAGUCGACGUGUAAAUGAAAUGCUUGAUGCAAAUUUAGAUGAGAUGGUCCAUGCUAUAUCAAGACUCAAGGGACUGGGAACUGCUUUAGGAGAGGAGAUUGAAAAUCAAAAUAAACUCAUAGAUACAAUACAUGACAAGGUUGAAGGGACAGACAUUAAAAUUGGUAAACAAAACAAACAAAUGAACAAAAUACUUGGUAAAUAGUUAAUUAGUACAUUGACUAGUAAAAAUUUCCAUUAUUAUCUUAUUUAAAUACAUAUAUUUUUGUUAAAAUUUAAUCACUAUUGUUUACUCUUUAAACAACUUUGUAUAAACACUGGAAUGGACCGCAUUUGUGGCCUCUAUAAGAAUUUUCUAAAUAAUAAGCAAACAUAGAAUAUCUGUGCUAUUAUUAUUAAGACAGUUUCCUUCAAAAUUAGUUUCUAUCCGCUAUAUAAACAGAAAUUCCAAAAUAUGUUUUAUGCAAGUCUGUAGUUAUAUAAGUAGUAUUAAAUGUUACUAUUAAAUUUUAUUUUAAAUUUAAAAGAUUAAAGUUAUGUUCUUAGUUAAACAUCAAAAGUUAAAAAAAAAACUUUAAUCUGAUCAGAAAUAUCUAAAAAAAUAAAAAUUAUUAUUAUUAUCUGUUAAUGAAUACAUUUUUUAUUGUUAUUAAUUUUAUGUUUUUAAACAACAGAUUUUGAAUUAUUCAUAAUGUACUCAUAUUAAUGAACCUUAUCUAUAAUAUAAAUACAUGAGUGUAAUAAGCUUAUCAUGUAAUUUGAAUGCCUACUCAAUUGAUACCACAAAGUUGCAAAUGAAAGAUGUUAUAAGCAUACAUGUAUAAAAUCUUACUUAAACACUGUUCAAACUAAUGAAUGAGAGUGGAAUGGUAGCCUAUUAAGCAUUAAUGAGGGAUGAUAAGAAUGAAGUCAUGUUAAUUGGCCUAUCAUAACAAACUGACUAGGAAUUAACAUGUGAAAUAAUGCCUGACAGGAUAUAUUGUUAGUAGUCCACCAACACCCCCCCUCCCCCCCUCAUGGCAGUAGGUCUUCUCAAAUAACUAAUAAACUCAAAAUUAUGCAUUAAACACAAAACAUGUGUGAAGAAUUCAGUUAGAUCAAUAUUAAGCAGUGGACAAUGCUUAGGCUGAUGUAAUACAUAUGCAUGCUAUAUAUUUUUAUUUUAUUCCAUAAAAGUAAGAUAUACGUCUAGGAGUAAUUAUAAAGUAUUAGGCAAAUAUAUAUAAGGAAAAUAAACUUCAUUUUUAAUUUUG